AUGUCAUUGUUGGCCGACCUCGUGUCCACAGAAUCAACAGCUGCGCCAUCAUGCCUCGGAUUCUGCGGCCGGUUGGCGGUCUUCAACGAAUCGGACCCGAAUCGAAAACAGUGGACGAAUUGCGCGGCGUGUCCUUGGGGAUAUCGCGCCUCGAAGCGUUCGAUAUGCGAGCCGUGCACCUCGCCGUUGCCGGUUUAUGAUUGGAUGUACCUGCUGUUCAUCGCACUCUUACCCUUACUACUCCAUAUGCAGUUUAUUCGAUCGGCCAGGAAAUACUGUCGGACGAGGGCAUAUGAGGCUGCCGAGCAUAUCAGCUGCUUCAUGGAGAACCUGAUUGCCGCUCUUGUCUCGUUGUUCGUCUAUCCGCCGAGCUUCUCGCCUCAAUUGUACACAUGUAGCAAGUCGAGUAUGCGAGAAUGGUAUCCGACGAGCUACAAUCCGCUUAUCGGCUAUACAAAAACCAUGCGUUGCUCAUAUGAAGUUGUUUUCCCCUUAUAUUCGUUGCCAUUCCUUCAUUAUUCGGUAUUAUUUGCGUGUAUUAUCGUAUUCCGCUCAACUCUUUAUUGUAUUCUUCUGCACAAGACGUAUAACGGCAAACCAUUUUACUAUGCGCUACUUUCGCUUCCAUUAAUGGCUGGGAUUCACGGUUUUUUUGCUGGCGUUUUGUACUAUACAUUUCCAAUUCUUUUGCUGCUAGGGACGAUCGGUGCGACGGUUUAUCAUUUGGCACAUGAGGGUAAACGUACAAUACGAGAAAUGAUUGUUCGAGUCGCAACGUCCCCGACGCAUUUAUUCCUAAUGUUGAUUUCGAUGUCGCUUCUUGCUUUUUCGCUUAUUGCUCUUGCAUCGCCAAAUACGGUUUUAUACCGGAAUUGUACCGAUGGUUGCCGGCAACGAUUCGAUUGUCCACUGAAAUUCGGCGAAUUCCGUUGGGCUUAUGGCAACUGCUUUUGGUGCAAAUAUGAGUGCAUGUGGAAGGCGGUUGAGCUUUUCGAGAGCCAUGAACUCGAACCACCGCAAUUCCAUGGAAAAUGGCCAUUCGCCGCCAUCGAUACACAUUUCUUCGGGAUUGUCAUCCAAGAGCCGGCUUCGGUUUUGUUUUCGCUUGGUAACCUUCUCACUGUAUUCUUAAUGCUGCGCCAGUUGAAACACAAAAAAGAAAUGGAAAAUCGAACCGCUUUUGUCGUCUACGCACAUGUUGGAUUGCUGACAUGGAUAAGUUCGGCAUUGUUCCACUCGUUUGACUGUGAUAUCACUGAAAAAAUGGAUUACUUCUCAGCUUUUGCUUACAUUUUAUCGGCAUUUUAUCAAAGAUUCCAAUAUGACUACAAUAUGCAAGUAUGCAUUUCUGCAUCAAUAUUAACCACUUGUCUGUAUAUAGUGUACUUAAUAAAACGAAAACGAAACUAUGGCCAACUGCGGACGUCGGAUCGCCUGCUUAUACGGAUAAUUUUCUGGACAAAUUUGUCGACGACGCUCGAAAUUCUCGAUUUCGUUCCCGUCUUUUGGCUGUUCGACGCACAUUCGCUUUUCCAUUUGGCGACGAUUCCGAUUCCGUUGUGGUUUGUGCAAUUCCUUGAAGAGUAUCACAACGAGAAUUAUGGAACUAAACUUGUUGAUUAA